AUGCCAGAAUCACGUCAACCUACUUCACUUAUAGCUCGGCAUGAAAAUGGGAUGUUUGAAGAGUGUGAUGCAUUAAUCAAAGGUCUCAGUGGAAGCCAUCGUGGUCCUGAAUUCAACAACGCCAUCCUCCCACGAUGCAAAGGCUUGAUAGAAGCUAUAGGGCAAAGAAUGGCUUAUGAGGCUGCCUCUGAAGCCCAAGUUGACCCCAAAAUUCUGGCACUAUACGAAGCAGGCGUCAUAUUGCACGAUUCAGGUUGGUACAUUCAAAACGCUGGCCUGACACGAGAAGUUCAAUUUGAGAACGAAUCCCGAGCACUCAGCGACUGCCUUCCUCAAUUAGAAGAUCUACUUGACGAAACUGGAGUAGCUGAAUACGUCAAUGCACCGAUUCUUUCCAAGGAGAGCUGGGAUGAAUAUGUAUCGACGUUGGUAACAUUUGAGUCUCCACCGGUGACUCAUGCUGUCAACACUCAACUCCAGUGCCGUGCUAAUCUAUGA